CUUUCACGAGGCGAUCGUUGUUGUUUUCUGUAAAAGCUGCGCAAAGUGCUCGAUGCAAACAAUACAUGUGCGCAUGAUGAUGAUGAUGCAUGGCCAUGCUUUAUUUAUUUGUAAACAUAUGCAAUUUAUUAAAAAAAGGAAAAAAACGACCUCCUGUAAAUUCAGCGAUUGUUCUUGCGGAAGAGUUUAUCGGAUAUUUAAAGGCAAAACGUAGAUCUGCGUUGUUUUUGUAAUGACGUCAUUCACUCGUCGAAAAGCUUUGAAGGGUUUUGAGCGCAUUGACAUGGCUCAAUGCAGCAGCCCCUCGAGAGAUUAGACGAGUUUCCUCCCACGCCAAUGAUGAUGAUGAUAAUGCAAAAAGUUUAAGUCAAUGUAUACGCUCCACACCCUGAAAGAAAAGAAACCUCAGCAGAGGAAAAGAUGGCACCUCCGACUGUCCCUCUACAUCCUGAGAAGAAGAGCGGAACUAACAAUCACAGCUCCCCAGCCAGAACUAAAAAAACAACUAACGCUGACAAGAAGCCUAUCUUAAAUGGACAUGCACCCUCUUCACACUUGAUUGCGAACAUCAACACCAGCCAUGUGGGCAAACCAACUGUGGAGGGUUUCAUGAAGACAGAUGACAGAAUGCGUUUAGCCAAAGAGAGACGGGAGGAGAGGGACAGAAGCCUUGCGGCCAGAGAGCAGCUGAUCAGGGAGAAAGAGCGGCGAUCUCAGCUGCAGUAUGAGCGCACGGUGGAGGAGCGUUGGAAGCGGCUGGAGGAGCAGAGACACAAGGAGGAUCAGCGCCGAGCUGCAGUGGAGGAAAAGCGAAGAAUGCAGCUUGAGGAAGAGAGGGAGCGUCUGGAGGCCCUGAUGCGACGCUCACUGGAGCGCAGCUUAAACCUGGAGAACAGACACAAGCGCAUGAACAGAGGCUAUCUUGUUGGAGCGGGUGAAACUGAGAAUGCAUCGCUCUCUUACUCUGCUGCCGUCACCCUUUCCCAUGGCCUUGCCUCCCCUCUUCCUGCUGUCAGCGAAUCUGCGCCCUGCAGUCCUCGCAGGUCACCUUUGUACACUUCACGAAGCCCCGGUGAAUCCUACAGAAGCGGACUCCUGGAAGGCUCUUUCUCCACUCCCAACACUCCCAAGAAAGAGCGUCUGCAAAGAGAGAAGAGAGCUCCGUCCCCAGGUGUUACAAUGACCAAGAAAAGAUCUGAUUCUCCUGCUAAUGCCACCAAACAGAAGGCGCAAACUACCUCCAAUCAAAUGUAUCACUCUAGGCUAGGUUUUAAGACACGCAUGGAGUCUCCCAGUACCACCCACGAGACCAAACCUUGGCUAGCCAAUGAUAAGAAAGCACACUGGAAGGGUGAAGCUCUAGGAAAAGUAAACAUCCACAAUCACAAUGCAGCAGACACAUUUAAAGUCAGUUCAUCCGAAGUCCUCAAAGGUGAUGCACCUGAUAAAAAGGAUGUUACUCACAACGGAGAGAAGAAAAGAGAGGCAUCGCCGUGCCCGACCUCAGGGAAAGUAGCAGCCGGAAUUACCAACGCGGAUGAGGCGAGCAAGUUGCUCGCCGAGCGGAGACGCCUGGCUUGCGUGCAGAAGGAAUUUGAGGACAAAAAACAAGAGAAAGCCGAUGAAGCAAGGCCAAAGGAAGAACAACUGACCAUGCAUGCGCAAGAACAACGGCAGCGUGAAAUCAAGGUUUUUGGGAAAAAUGGCCCAGAUUUCAACAAGACAAUACAACAAGAACACAAACGACUACAGGACCUUCAGGAGAAGGAGAGAGAAAAGGUUCAAAUUGAAGUACUCGAAGAAGUGCAGCGUCAGCGCCAAGACCGAGAGUAUUUGACGCAACAGGAAGAAGAGGAGCGGCAGCUGAGAAAGAAGAGAAUUGAGGAGAUCAUGAAGAGAACGAGGAAAGGCGAAGCUGACGUGAAGGAUGAACAGGUGGAGACCAGGUCACCACCAGGGGACUUAAAGGCUGUUGGAAGUAAAGCUCAGCAAGACGUUAAAUGGUGUAAAGAGCAGGUCACAAGUCAGAAAGAAGCACAGACGGUUUGUCAGAAGCAUGUUGAAAACAAUGCUCGACCAGAGAUCCUAGUUCACAUUGUUCCCGACAAAAGGCCGGACUCUGAAAAAAUAAUAGAUGCGAACAAGAUAAACAAGGAUGGUAUUGAUGAUCCCCAACUCAAGAACAGGGAAAUGCAGGUCAAUGCAAACAAGAAGCCAAGGAUCAAUUGUAAAGACAAGGAACCAUUCAAAGAACCAACCAUUAUGGAAAGUGACAGGGUUAAUCAAAAUGAUAUGAAAGAUCAUAUGACAGCAGAGGGAAGCAAACAGAAAAUUACAUCCUCAGAGGGGGGAACCAUAGAACGUGUUACGGCCCGACCUUUGGGACUGCGGCCACCACCCUCUAUCUACUUGCAGCCACUGGAGGUGAAGCAGUCUCAUGAUGAGGUGAAGUCCAUGGAUGUCAGCCCAGCUUCAAAGGAAGAAUUGAUUUCCAUUCCUGAAUUUUCACCGGUGAAUGAAAUCCAGCAAUGUGGUAUAAGUAACACCCGAGCCCUUGAAGAUCUGAUGGACCUGACGGGAAGCGUUACGUGCUCGAAAAGGAUCUCUGAAGGCAACGUCGGCGACUGCAACAAAAACCUAAUCCAGGGUGUCGUCAGCCCCACGGUGGACUCCAAGAUCAUUGGGGUGUCGGCUCCCACCAAUAAGCCUAAUAUCCAUUAGUUAUAGUUUGAGUGAAUCCGAUUUCUCCCUUAUACGCAUAACACCUAGCAUUAUACCGAAAAUCCCCAUCUUUAUUGAUACAAUUAUAGGAAGAGAGCCAUAUAAUCUGACAGCUAAUUAAACCACCUUUCGCUACUCUGUUAUUUGGCGACCAAUCCUUUUUGCCUAAAGUUAGAAAGGAUACAGAAAAAAAAUUGAAAUUUAGAUUAACAUUUGACUAAAUUAUCAAGAUAAAAUAGUUGUCUUAUUUGAAAGCAAAUGACUUCUACUGAGCAAUUUCAAACAUCCCCGAAUAUAUUUAAGAUAUUUUGUCGCGUUCAUGAUGUACAUGAUAGUAAUAAUUCAAUAAAUGUACAUUAGGAAAGCAUACUAAGUGCACAAAACAGUUUGUUUUAAAUUAUUGAGCUGCUUAAAAUGCUUGCACAACCACUUUUAAGUUUUAGUGCCUAAAUGUAGAUCCAAUAUAGAGAUGCCUUAUAGAGAUGCAGUACUACUGUGUGAUACCGUAAUUCUGUGCAAUUAAGACUUUUUAGGAUUUGUUGUUGUUUGCUCUUCUCUUCUGUCUCCUUUUCUAUUUUCCUUUCUGUCCCCUCUGAACCCCUUCCUGCUCGCUGCUUUCUCCAAAUAAACGAAACAAUGAAUAAUCAUCACAAUGGGAGUAUAUCAUACUCCCAUGUGAUACAGUGGUAUGAAAAAGUAUCUGAACCUUUUGGAAUUUCUCAGAUUUCUGCAUAAAAUCACCAUCAAAUGUGAUCUGAUCUUUGUCUAAAUCACACAGAUGAAAAAACAGUGUCUGCUUUAACUAAAACCACCCAAACAGUUAUAGGUUUUCAUAUUUUAAUGAGGAUAGCAUGCAAAUAAUGACAGAAGGGGGGAAUAAGUUAGUGAACAUUUAAUAUUUUGUGACACCCCCCCCCCCCCCCCCCUUUUUGGUAGCAAUAACUUCAACCAGACGCUUCUUGUAGCUGCAGAUCAGUCUGGCAUAUCAAUCAGGACUAAUCUUGGCCCAUUCUUCUCUACAAAAGUCCUGUAGUCCAGUCAGAUUCCUGGGAUGUCUGGCAUGAAUCGCUGUUUUUAGGUCAUGCCACAAUGGGGUUCAAGUCUGGACUUGGACUUGGUCACUCCAGAAUGUGUAUUUUGUUCUUCUGAAACUAUUCUGAAGUUGAUUAUUUCUGUGUUUUGGAUCAUUGUCUUGUUGCAGCAUCCAUCCUCCUUUUAGCUUCAACUGUCUGACAGACGGCCUCAGUUUUUCCUGCAAAACAUCCUAAAUAAACUUUUGAAUUCAUUCUUCCAUUAAAUGAUUACAAGUUGUCCAGGCCCUGAGGCAGCAAAACAGCCCAAAUCAUGAUGAGGUCUUCAUGUCGGUGAGCUGCUCCAUUUUUCCUCCACACAUGACGUUGUGUGUUACUCCCAGACAAUUCAACUUUGGUUUUAUCAGUCCACAAAAUAUUUUGCCAAAACCUCUGUGGAGUGUCCAAGUGCUUUUAAACGAGCAACAAUUUUACUUUAGACAGCAGUGGUUUCCUCCGUGGAGUCCUCCCAUGAACACCAUUCUUGGCCAUAGUUUUACAUAUAGUUGAUGUGUGCACAUAGAUAUUGGACUUUGCCAGUGAUUUAUGUAAGUCUUUAGAAGACACUCUAGGGUUCUUUUUUUUUUUUUACCUCUAUGAGUAUUCUGCACUGAACUCUUGGUGUCAUCUUUGGUGGAGGGCCACUCCUUGGGAUAGAAGCAACAGUGCCAAACUCUCCAUUUGUAGACAUCUUCUUUGACUGUAGACUGAUGAACAUCCAGACUUUUAGAGAUGGUUUUGUAUCCUUUCCCAGCUUUAUACAAAUCAUUAAUCCUUGAUCGCAGGCCUUCAGACAGCUCUUUUGACCGAGCCAUGAUGCACAUAAGACAAUGCUUCUUAUCAAGACAUUUCUUACCAGGUGUGUGUGUUUUACAGUGGGCAGGGCAGCUUUAAACCACUCAUCAGGGAUUGGGUACACACUUACUUAAAAUGUUUGGUAAAAAUUGCUUUCAAUUGCUCUUUAAGUCUCCAUAGGCAGAAGGUUCACUUAUUUUCCCCGUUCUGUCAUUGUUGCUAUCAUGCUAUCCUCAUUAAAAUGUGAAAACCUUUAAAUGUUUGGGGGGUUUUAGUUCAAGCAGACACUGUAUUUU